AUGCGCAGUUUUCUUAAGGGUCGCAUGCUCUGGCAUUAUUGUACUGGUGUAAUGACUAUUCCUGUCAAGGGAGCAAGUGAAGGAGACACUGUUUUUCUUAAUCGCAUGAUUGAAUGGGAUAGUCAUAACCACAUGAUCCUCACAUGGAUUUUGAACACUUCCAUUCCCUCUAUUUCCAAUCUGAUGGGCAGCUUUGAUGAUGCAAAAUCUGCAUGGGAUAUGUUGGCCAAAAGGCAAGAACCAGGGCAAUCCAUCAAUGACUAUUAUGAUCAGCUUCGCUUUAUUUGGGACCAAAUUGACCUUUCUGAUCCAACUUGGACGUGCUCAAAAGAUGCUCAACAAUAUGCUUCCAUUAGAGAUGAAUUUCGCCUCUAUGAAUUCUUGAUGUCACUUCACAAGGACUUUGAGCCCAUUCGUGGUCAGCUACUCAAUCGCAGUCCUACUCCCUCUCUUGAUACUGCUGUAAAUGAGUUGGUUAGAGAAGAAGCUCGUCUUGCAACCCUUCAAGCCCAGAAUAAGCUCAAUGUUUUGGCUAUUACUCCAUCUACUCCACUCAUAGAGCAACCCCAGCAAUCAGGUGAUUCUUAUGGCUCUAGCAAUCGUCGCAAGCAGACCAACAAAAAGUUCUGCAACUAUUGCAAGCGUCCUGGCCACACCAUUGAGACUUGUUACCGUCGUAACAAAUCUACUGCUGCUGUUGCUAAUAUUGAGCCUACUCCGCCAAUGGCUUCCACCUCAGUUGAGUCCAAGUCUUCUGGAUCUACUAUCAACCUCUCCUCCACUGAACUACAGGAGAUCAUAGCUCAGGCUGUUCGUAUGGCUGGUAAUGCAUCUCUUUCCACUGCCUUAUCUGUUCUACCUGGAUCCGAGGACGGGGCAGGAGCUUGGGACCGGUCCUAGAGUUGGGCGUAUGUUUCCCGUGAGCAAUCUUCAUCUUCCACCUGUUGCUCCUGUUUCUAUUGCUACUGCAGCUGCUGCAGUUUCUUCCUUACCUUCUCUUGCACUUUGGCAUUCUCGUCUUGGUCAUGCAUCAUCUUCUCGGGUACAACAGUUAGU